CCUUGUCGCAAACCUGAAGAGAAAAAGACCAUCUCUUUUUUUGUAUUUGCAUGCUUUAACAUAACCCUUAUAGAAAGGAGAAAAUUCUGUAAUUUUCUCCAUCCUCAAUCAGAGAGAAGCUCCAUUAGGCAAUAUAGCCAAUGGCAGCUCCUAGCUAUCUCAAUCGCUUUACAUUCAAGAAGUUACCUUUAACUACCGUUCCUGUGCCUUUGCUAAUUCAUGGCUUAGUUGGUUUCUUCUUGUUGUACAUAAUCUUUGAUUGGGGAAGAAAAUUUAUCAACUUUUUGUCCCAAACACAAAAUUCUAAAAAAUCCAAGGUGGGUCCAUCAGAUCACCUGGAAAAAAACAAGAAAACAACCCCUUUUAUGUUAGUUGAUGGAAGCUUAUGCAGAGAAGAGGUAGAGAUUAUAAUGGCUAAACUGGGAUUUUUUUGCCACCCUGAAGGUGAAAAACUACAGGAGAGGUUUGAUUUAGACAAUUUAUAUGACUUGUUUGGAGAAGAAGAAUAUAAUAUGCAGUAUUUAGGAGAAGCUUUUGAUGUAUUUGAUGAGAACAAAGAUGGUUUUAUUGACGAAACGGAAUUGCAGAGAGUUCUGUACGCUCUUGGAUUGAAGCAUGCUGCAGAAUUGGAAAAUUGCAGAAAGAUGAUCUUGGCUUUUGAUGAAGAUGGAGAUGGGAAGAUCGAUUUUGAGGAAUUCGUAAAUAUGAUAUAAACAUUUUCUUUAAGCUUAAUUUUGCUGGAUUUUAUUCUUUUUGCCUGAACAAGAAAAUAUUAUAAUUACCAAUGGUUGAUCCCGUUCUAUGUUGGAUAUGUGUUUUUUCCCCCUUUUGGUUAUAGUUUUAUUUUUAUGAAAUUUUGCGCAACUAUUUUGUUCUAAGAAUCUCCUAGUUCUAAACACGUCUGUAUUGUGUUAAUGCUGUUAUUAUUAUUGCCAUUGCUAGUUUAUUUGAAUUAUAUUGAUGUAAUUUUAUUUUUCA